UGCGUCCGUUCGCAAAAUUGGUCCGACUCAAAGCAAACUCUUAACGGCGCGGAGAGUGGAAUGUGUGAGCCUGAAGUCUGAAAGAAAACUGACUGAGAAGUGGAUUAAUCGGCCACAUUGAGACUGAAAAUAGAGACAGCAUGUCAGAUGCUUUAAUCCAGCGGAUAAAGGAGCUGGAGGCUGAGCUGGAGAAGCUCAGGUCGCAGCUGAAAGAGAGCAGUGGAGAUGGAGAUGUGGAAAUGUUGUCCAGUACAUCCCCUAAUGAAGGCUGGAAGUUUGAUGGGAACACCAGCAGCAGCGGCGGUGGUAAAAAGGAGAGAAAGAAAGCAGGGAAAGACCGUCCUUUUGACUUCUCUGCACACCCCCGGCGCCACGUGGCUCUACGGCUGGCUUACCUGGGGUGGGCUUACCAGGGGUUUGCAGUUCAGGAGAACACGGACAACACAGUGGAGGCCAGACUCUUUGAAGCUCUGCUAAAGACUCGGCUGAUUCAGGACCGCCAGAGCUCCAAUUACCACCGUUGUGGUCGUACUGAUAAAGGAGUCAGCGCUUUUUCCCAAGUCAUAACCAUCGACUUGCGCUCCACACAGUUUUGUGGCGGUUUGGGCGUCACGCUCCCUGAAAAUGUUGAUGUUGGUACAAAAGCAGCAGCAGCUGCUGCCGCCUCUGAGCUUCCAUAUGUGAAGAUGCUGAACAGAGUCCUGCCGCAGGACAUCAGGGUCUUGGACUGGGCGCCAGUAGCAGAGGGUUUCAGCGCACGCUUUGACUGCCAGUACCGCACGUACUGCUACUACUUCCCUCGAGGAUCUCUGGAUGUAGGGCUGAUGGCUGAAGCUGCUAAAAGAUACGAGGGGACUCACGACUUUAGGAACCUGUGUAAAAUGGAUGUGGGCAAUGGUGUCCUGCAGUUCGAGAGGACCAUCUUAUCAGCCACAGUCAAGCCUGCGCAGCCUCAGCAUGCCUCCAGCACAGACCAGUAUGACCUCUUCAUAUUUGAGAUCAAAGGAUUAGCCUUCCUUUACCACCAGGUACGCUGUAUGAUGGCAGUCCUUCUCCUGAUAGGACAGAAGCUGGAGGCCCCAGACAUAAUUAAUCAGCUCCUGGAUGUUGAGAAUAACCCCAGAAAGCCCCAGUACAGCAUGGCAGUAGACUACCCUUUGGUGCUGUACGACUGCUACUUUGAAGGUCUGAGCUGGAAACAGGAGAGUGAAGAGGUGAAUCUUGUCCUGUCGGCGCUGCAGCAGCACUGGACCCAGAGCGCAGUGAAGGCCCGCGUCCUGCACGGGAUGAUCCAGGGUUUGGAGGACAGAGGAGCCGCGUCCUCCAAUCAGUGCUGGCUGGUAGAAGGCAGCAGGCAGAGAAAUUACCGACCGCUGCUGGAGCGCCCGUGCUGCGAGAGCCUGGAGUCCAGGAUAGACCAUUUUGUUAAAAGAGGCAGACUGGAACGCGAGGAAGGGGAGAAUGGAGGCGAAAUGGUCCACAGGGGGAAAAGAUCCAAACAUUCAAACACAUCCUCGACUCUGCCUGUUUCUUCAGAGAUGUCAAAACAAAUUAUGGAUCAAUAAGAAGAUUAACUUUAUUUAAACUUAACAAAGGACUUUACAGAUUUAUUUUGUUUUAAUUUUCCAUGCAAGAAAGUCGAAUUGACUUUUGUUUAUUUACUAUAAACAGCGCAUGGAUAUUUUGAUAUGUGUUUUGCUUUAAA